AUGAAUCGCUUAUUCGGCAAAUCGAAGCCUAAGGCGCCACCUCCGAAUCUGACGGACUGUAUUGGCACGGUGGAUAGCAGAGCAGAAUCGAUUGAUAAGAAAAUUUCUAGACUUGAUGCAGAACUGGUGAAAUAUAAAGAUCAAAUGAAGAAAAUGAGGGAGGGGCCUGCAAAGAACAUGGUAAAGCAGAAAGCCCUGAGAGUGUUAAAACAGAAGCGAAUGUAUGAAAACCAACGGGAUAAUCUUGCCCAGCAGUCUUUCAAUAUGGAACAAGCCAACUAUACUAUCCAGUCCCUAAAAGAUACGAAAACAACGGUUGAUGCUAUGAAGCUAGGAGUGAAGGAAAUGAAAAAAGCUUACAAGCAAGUAAAAAUUGAUCAAAUUGAGGACUUGCAAGACCAGUUGGAAGAUAUGAUGGAAGAUGCUAGUGAAAUUCAGGAAGCAUUGGGUCGUAGUUAUGGAACCCCAGAGAUAGAUGAAGAUGACUUGGAGGCAGAACUAGAAGCACUGGGUGAUGAACUUCUAGCUGACGAAGACAGUUCCUAUCUUGAUGAAGCUGCAACUGUUCCAUCAGUUCCAGAGGGCAUGCCAACUGAGGCAAAAAACAAAGAUGGGGUACUGGUGGAUGAAUUUGGACUCCCACAGAUUCCGGCAACAUAAUUAUGAAGAUCAAAAGGAAUGCUGUUUUUCAUAUUAUAAAUUUAUGAGCAAAAACAAUUGAGGUGGCUGAGACCAUACUUUUGCAAUAUUACAUACCACCACUAAGUUGUGAAAUAAAGAAUGAAUGAUGAGUGCUAAUUUUCUUUAAAAAUAUGAUGGCACUAAAUUUUUUUAUUAAUGGCAAGAAAUUGACACUACUUUUGCCUUCCAUGUGAUCUAUUCAAAGUUCUAAAAUUUGGUUUUGUCAUUUGUGUAAAAGUAGUAUAUAAAAGUAUUUAUAGCUUUUUGGCUAUAGAUCAAUGUGCUUCUAUUUUUUAAAUUUGCCAUCACAUUUAACUGUAGGUGAUUGCAUUGUAUAACCUAUUUUGACAUAAAUUGGUUAUUACAGAGGGUAGCUUGAUUUGAUUAUGUGAUAUUUUUUAAGAUGCUUGUCUGUUAUUGUAAAGUCCAAGAUGUUAAAAAGUUCAUCUGAAGGGUUUCUAGUUAGUAUAUAUGAUAAUAAACUUAUAAUUCUUUCAAUUUCCAUAUAACUAUAGGUAAUAUGGUUUGAGUUGAAGAAUGUAGCCCUGAUUAGUUGCUUAUUUGACAGGAAAGCCACUUUGAGAAGAGAGGAGCAUGGCAGUCAGGCAGUGCUAUACUUUAACCAAGCUUUGUGCUUACCCUAUUGUAUAAACUGGAAACAGAGUGUUUAGGGUUUCUUGUAAUGGAAACUUUUAUUUAAGUUUGCCAUAGUUGUACAUCCAAAUUUCCAGAAAUGGUGGCUGAUGUAAACCAAGGAUCCAGAAUUGAUUACAUUUUCCAUGGACCAUGAGGUUUGGAUUGUUGCAGCAUGCUUCUCUCCACAGGGGCAGGGACUAGAUUAAGUUGAUCCACCAUCUGGAAGUUAAUGGUCUUGCUCUGCUCCAGACAGUCUGGAGGAGGUUUUCUCAAAUCUGGCCAACCAUCUUAAUCUUAUUCUUAAUUAAGCCUGGUUGAGAUAUAGAAUAACUAUUUCCUGGGCACUCAGUAAUGUACUCUUAAGCAUCUCUUGUCUUAUGCUGGAGCCUGUAGCAUUCUAUUGUAUGUUGAUCAGUUGUGAGUGAUGAAAUGUGAGCACAAGUUAGCUUGCGUAACUAUGGUAUCAGACUGGAGGCAAAUUCAUCAUAAGACCUAGACCACAAUAGUUGGGGAAGAGAAGAAGCAAUAGAUUUUCUCCCUAGUUGCAUCCAAAAAGAGCCAUCCAAAGGAGCUUUCUGGGGCUGUCAAAGAGAUGACCCAUCCUUCAGUGGGUCUGUAUGAUAUCUGGAUAUUGUUUGGGCUUUAUUUUGAGUAGUAUGGUCAAGACCACCCAGAAUUUGCUAGGCUUGCUUGUUGCUACUUUGAGUGAUGCCAUACCAAAGUUAUCUAGUGCAAUACUAGUACUAAUAUAUCUCUGAAUCUGUUUGCAAAUUCCUUGAGGAAGUGGAUAAGGUUCUUAGAUCUGUUCACAUCACUGCUUUUAUAUUGGAUCCUUGCCCAGAUUGCCUUGUAAGUGCCUCUAAGUACUUUGUCCUACAGAUUCUUCAAAAAGAAUGCUGACCUAAAGGAGAUGAUGGUGUUAUCAACUAUCGGCCAUGGUCCAGUGUUCUGUAUUUAGCCAAGCUGGGGCUGCAGUUUGAGGAACUCUCAAAUUGUCUUAAUCCUUUCCUGUCUUGAUUUAGACCUGAAUUUGGCAUGCAGAUGGACACAAUCACCCAGAUGGAAAUUCUGUACUGGGACACACAUAAGGGAAUGCUAUUCUGUUGGUGGGGGAGGUGGGGGAGUUGGACUUGCAUUCUGGUUGUUCCGUUCUUUCUCUGUGUUACAAGGUAGUAGCAGGAGGUUUCUGCUUGACUUCUUGGGAAUUAUUCUGAGGAGUCUAGCAAUAUUUCAUGUUGCUGGACUGGUCACUGAUCACAAUAAAGAUUCUGAUUUCAUCUUGCCUCCCAUAUUAUUUAAUGUCACUACGAAGCCACUGGGAAAGAUCAUUUGCACCUUUGGAGCUAGUCAUCAAUAUUCUGAUGACAUUCAGUUUAAAUCUCCUUUCCUGUGAGCUUGGGAUUUGAUAUUUCCUGGUUAUUAUAUAGCUUUAGGCCUGAAUGUGGAAGGACUGAACAUGGAAGAAUAAGCUGAAACUGAAACCAGUCAAGAUGUUGUUACUGAUCUGAAGCCCUAGAGUUAGGUUUCUUUAGGUAGACAUGUUCUGGGUACAGUUGCCAGGGGAGUUCUCCUAGAUGAGACUGGAUAUCUACAUAAUGUUGGCAAAGUGAGAUUUGCCGCUGACAAAGCAACCGCUAACAAAGCAAAUUCAUCCCUACCUAAAGGAGAUGGACCUGACUUCAGUGACUUAUUUGCAGGUAACCCUAAAGUUGGACAAUUGCAAUAGGAUCUUUAUGGAACAGCCUGGCAAAUAGUCAAAAUUUUCAACUGCCUCAGAAUGGUGUGUGAAGCUUCUUUGAGAUCCCACAUUACCCCUAUUCUGAUACAGUUGCACAGCUUGUUGGUUGCUCUUUGAACCAAAUUCAGCAGGUUUACAAUGGUCAGCACCAUUAUGAGUCCUGCCACAGAUGUGUUUGGCAUCAACAACCAUUUCUGCUUUUUCUAUGACAAGAUCAAUAGUAUGAUGUAUUGCCACUGAAAUUAAGAAAAACCUUUUCCAUACUUCAGGCUCAAAACUUCUAAUUCUGUGAAUGUUACUACUUCAGCUUAUUUUGCAUUUUAUAUCUGUUAAGUUUUAAUGUGACUUUAUGGAUGUUUUUAUUGUACCUUGUAAUUUGUAUGGGGUCAUUAAGGGACUGGCAAGCAUAUACAUUUUCUAAAUAAAUGAAGCAGUUUACUUGA